AUGAAUGAUUAACUUUUAACCAUGACAUCAUAAGAGUUCUAAUAGAUUUAUUAAGUAAAAUAUUUAUAUUGAUUAACAAUAAGGAAGUAGAAUUCAAACUUGAAAAAUUACACAAUAAGAAUAAUGUCAUCUAAUAAAAUCUUGAUGUUGAUAUUAUCAAAAGAGAACUCUAUUAAAUGAUUAAACAAGAAAUUGAUCAAUUAUAAUACUUUAUUGAAGAAAUUAAAGAUUAAAUGAGAUAACUUGAAAACAAUAUCAACAACAUAGACUCCAAAAAUAAGUGAUGAAAUCUCUAUACUUUUUAGGAUCAAAAGAUUAAAAGAUAAUUAUCUUAAGGAAACAUAACGUACCAAAGCUAUUACUCGUAUCUUAAAUAAUAAAUCUUCAUUUUAAAGUGAAAAGCAGUAUGAUGGAGUCAGUAUUCUAAGUCAAUCUGAUACUGGAGGAUAACCUGAUUCUGUUCCUUCAAAUUCAUCUCAAUUUGAAUACUAAUAAUAAAACAUAUAAUAAACAGAUAGUUUUCAAUAAUAAGAUAAAUAAUAGAAUGGAAUAACUAUUUAAAAUGAAGAUUCUCCAUCUAAUUCUAUGAUAUAAGAAAAUUAAAUAUAAAAUAAUUCCUAAAAGGGAUUACAAAUUAAUAAUGAACAUCAAAUAUAAGGUGAGGGUGAAGGAGAAGUAUAAGAAGAAAUUAAUAAUUAAGUUUACUUUAUUGUUUUGGUCAUUGUAAUAAUUAUUGCUGUUUUGAUUAUCUGGUUGCUUUAUGAUGAAGAUAUUCUUUGA